UAAUAUAACACGCUGAAGUUUGAGUUUGAACCCAAACUAAAGGAAUUCAAUUCACUCAACCCUAUCCUUCCUCCUGAAUCCAAAACCAUGGAAAUAACGACGGAUGGAAGAAACACAUCAUCAAGGGAGGUAGUUGAUGAUAUUGGGUGGUGUUUAUCAGAUCUGAUAUUAUCAUCAUCGGGUUCAAACACGUUGGACUCAAUCUUCUCUCACUGCCCUCCCGCUAAUCCCACAGUGGCCUUCCAGCAACCGUUCGGGUGCUCCUCCGUCUACACCCGCCAAAGAAACAUCCUGCAGAAGUUGUACGAUCAAAGCCGAGUGACCACGAAGCGUUCUUGUUUUGUUGUUCCCCCUCCCUCGCCAUGGAAGAAGAAGCUGUACAGAGGAGUGAGGCAGAGGAGCUGGGGAAAAUGGGUGGCUGAGAUUCGACUCCCUCAGAACAGAAUGAGGGUCUGGCUUGGCACUUACGAUACUCCGGAAGCCGCUGCUUAUGCUUAUGACCGCGCUGCUUAUAAGCUUCGUGGCGAGUACGCGCGCUUGAAUUUCCCUGCUUUGAAGGAACCCUCCAGUGAUGUCCUCUUGUCUUCCCAAGAUUCCAUCAAGUUUAACUCUCUCAACUGCUACGUGGAUGCUAAGAUUCGUGCCAUAUGCCAAAGGCUCAAGCGAGAGAGGAGCAUGCGCAAGAAUAAUAACAACACUACCACUAGUCCUCUCGAGAAUCCACGGAUGUUCUUGUCUAGUUCAAGCGCCGAGUUUGUUGAAGCAGCUGCUGGCGGUUUCAUUUCAGUAGAGGACGGUAUUGUUUUAGCAGAGUGUCCCCCAACAAUGACAACAGCAGCAGAUACUGAAUCAUCCCAUGAUUUCCAAAACUGUUCCUUAGCAAGACUGCCCUCCUUCGAUCCUGACUUGAUUUGGGAAGUUCUGCCUAACUAAAUAUACGUUUCCAUUAAGUUAUUAUCUUUUAUAAUAUGAGAUAUAACAAUAAUAAGGUACACGAAUGCAUCAAACAUUUCCUCAAAGAACAUCAUUAUCAGGUCACUUAGUCUUGAUUUAGAACUGAUAUAUCUUGGAUGUGUGUUGUACGUUCUCUUUCUUUUCUGGGUAGUGGGUAUUAUUGGCAUGGUGCUUAAGUGUAGGUCUUGUUCCUCAGAAUGGGGACAGGUCCUUUUGUAUUAAGUGGGAUA